AUGGAGAGUUUGCGCUGUAUGCUGGACCUGAGACAGGCCGAGAUCCCGACGCUGUCCAAGCAGAACGCAGAGCUGCAGCGUGAGAACGACGACCAACGCAGUUUGAGCAAUCGUGUCACUCUGCUGCACCAUUUGUAUCGUCCUGUUGGUCGCUUCGUUCUCACUACGAUGAGCUUCGCACCGUGUCACCAGCUGCAGCAGGUCUUUUGGACUAGAUGGCGGGAGGAGUAUCUGACUCUUCUCCAGAAAAGAUCCAAGUGGCGCACUCCUGAUCGUCGUCUCCAAGUCAUCGACUUGGUCUUGGUGAAGGACGAAAAUUUGCCUCCUCUUCGGUGGCCGCUAGCCCGUGUCAUGUCACUUAUCCCUGGCAAGGACGACGAGUGUCGAGUUGCCGAGUUAAAGACGACGUGUGGCAGCACCCGGAGAGCCAUAAACAAACUCUGUCCACUGCCCCUAAAGAUGAUGUUGAAAGAUAGUCUUUCAACGGCGGGAGGUUUCCAGGGACGAAAAGAUUCAACGUCACUGAUAGAAGCGGCUGCUUCGGGUCAUUGUGACAUUGUCAUAGUGCUGCUCAAGAACAAUUUCAAUGUGAAUGCAAGUUGUGAAAAUGGGGACACGGCGCUCAUGGUUGCCAGCGCGGGCGGUUAUGUUAAUGUGGUGAAUGCACUGCUAAGCCAUGGCGCCAACGUUAAGGAGCACAAUUUGAUUGAACAUACACCGCUGAUGAAGGCCGCAUGUGCCGGCCAUGUGGAAGUAGCCAAGGUACUUGUCGAGCGUGGAGCCGGAAUCAACACCCGUUCCAAUGUGUACAACGAGAGUGCAUUGUCAGUGGCUAGCUAUAAGAGUCAUUUUGAUUCAUUGGUGCGUUUCCUACCGCAUGCCGGCGCCGAUCGCUUGAACUUCGCUCUUUCAGCGGCUUCAACAUAUGGCCAAGUGGAAGUAGCGCGAUUGUUACUGGACUCUGGAGCGCAAGUCAAUAUUUCCACUUAUCCACUGCCAUCGCCGCUUGCAUGUUCAAUUAACAAUGGUCACGUUGAGGUUGCCACUCUGCUCAUCGAGUUCAGUGCCAACAUUAAUGGGGCCAUUACAAAAGGCUACACGUAUCUCAUGAUGGCAGCUUGCAAGGGGGCGCGAGAAUGGUGA